GAAUUUCGUGUGAAAAAGAAAUGCCUCCUAAAACUAGUGGUAAAGCAGCAAAGAAGGCCGGUAAAGCCCAAGAGAACAUUACCAAGAGUAGCAAGGGCAAGAAGCGUAAGCGCAAAGAAAGUUAUUCCAUCUACAUUUACAAAGUGCUAAAACAAGUACAUCCUGAUACUGGUAUCUCCUCAAAGGCCAUGAGUAUCAUGAACAGUUUUGUUAAUGAUAUCUUUGAGCGUAUUUCCGCUGAAGCAUCUCGUUUGGCUCACUACAACAAGCGUUCAACCAUAACCAGUCGGGAAAUUCAAACUGCUGUCCGUCUUUUGUUGCCUGGUGAAUUGGCCAAGCAUGCUGUCAGUGAAGGUACUAAAGCUGUAACCAAAUACACUAGCUCAAAGUAAGUUGCUACGUAUUUUGUCCUGUUGUCAGCGAAUGGUUUAUUCUAUCUUUAACAUCAACGGACGGUCCUUCUCAGGGCCAUAAAUGU